GCCAAGUGGGGGUCAGCGGUGGCCGCUGGCGUGGGGCCGGUGGAGCUGGAGGUGCUGCAGCCCCUGAGCCUCCUCACCCUGGACACCCUCCAGAAAUGCAUCUUCAGCCACGAGAGCCACUGCCAGGAGCGGCCCAGUGAGUACAUCCAGGCCAUCCUAGAGCUGAGCUCCUUGGUGGUCCGGCGCCAGCUGCGGCCACUCCUCCACCCGUGGUGGCUCUACAGGCUCUCCUCCGAUGGCCGGCGCUUCGCCCGCGCCUGCGCCACCGUCCACGCCUUCACCGCCGACGUGGUCCAGCGCCGGCGCCACGCGCUCGCCCGCCUGGGCCACCAGGCCUGGCUGGACAGCCGCCGCGGACAGGGCAUGGACUUCAUCGACCUCCUGCUGCUCGCCAAGGACGAGAAUGGCCACACCCUGUCAGACGAGGACAUCGCGGCUGAGGCCGACACCUUCAUGUUUGAGGGCCACGACACCACGGCCAGUGGCCUGGCAUGGCUCUUCUACAACCUGGCCGGCCACCCUGAGCACCAGGAGCGCUGCCGCCGGGAGGUCCAGCAGCUCCUGGCCGGCCGGGACACUGCGGACAUUGAAUGGGAGGACCUGUCCCAGCUGCCCUUCACCACCAUGUGCAUCAAGGAGAGCCUGCGGCUGCACCCUCCCGUCACCGCCGUGUCCCGGCGCUGCACCCAGGAUGUCCCCCUGCGCGAUGGCCGUGUCAUCCCCAAGGGGGUCAUCUGCCUGAUGAGCAUCUACGGGACCCACCACAACCCAGACCUCUGGCCCGAGCCUGAGGUGUUCAACCCCCUGAGGUUCAGCCCAGAGAACAGCAAGGGACGGUCCCCGGCAUCCUUCAUCCCCUUCUCUUCUGGCCCUAGGAACUGCAUCGGGCAGAGCUUUGCCAUGGCCGAGAUGAAGGUGGUGGUGGCAUUGACGCUGUCCCGCUUUGUGCUGCGGAGGGACACGGCGAGGCCGCCCCCGCGCCGCAAGCCGGAGCUGAUCCUGCGCGCCGAGGACGGGCUCUGGCUGCUGCUGGAGCCGCUGGAGGGAGUGGCCUGAGGGACACGGGUCACCAGGACAUGGGGACAGCCCGCCAGGCGGGUGUCACACCCCGGGGAGGAGCUGGGAAUAAACGAUAGCAUGAAGGGGAUGGUAUCAUCA